UCUUCUUUUAAAAUUUUCAGAACAGACAACAAGCCAGGUGAAGAUGAGACCAAGAUCUCGCUCAAAGGUCCACUUUCCAGAGGAUGUCACAGAUCAUUCUGAGAUCCUUAUCUCAAGAGAGAUUGAUAGCUCCAUCGAUGUCAAUGUAGGAUUCCUUCAGACGGAUCAUAGAUAUCAAAUCAGAUUUACUGUCGAAGAUUCAUUAAAGGGAGAUGUCAUUGCCAAAGAGAAUUCUAGUACCAUCAUCCAAUCAGUGGAAGCCCAUGCAAGACCAGACGAUAAUGGACAUGAUAUUCAACUAGAACUCCUCUCACACAAGGAGGGUAUAAUGGCCGAACCUUUCACAAUCCACUGCAUGGACGAUAAAGAAGAUAAAGACAAAUCGGUUAUGGUUGUAGUACGUGCAAGAUUACUAGGCAAAGAUCAAGGAAGACCGAUGUUAAAAGAAAGCAUCAUAAACAUGGGUCUUGAACCCGACGAUAGUUCAGAAGAGGAGAGCGAUCGAGACACCCACGAUUGAUUUCAUCUUAGCGUUCCUUCCUUUCUAUCCUUCAUUUUAACCUUGUAGCCUGGAAGAUGUAGAGAUCUUAUCCCUCGGUGUCAGAAGAAUGCUUUAUAAAAAUGAUCAAGUCUUUUGAAGAGGGGUCUGGUAGUGAAGUUGUUUGCCUGUUUGGAUAGUGUAUAAAGUUGAAAGUUUUUAUUGAAAGAGAUGUUUUACGUGAUGCAUGUCAAUGUAAUGUAUGAAUUGAAUAAAAAAGUUGAGAAUGCAAAGAAAUGAAGUUUUUAUCAGAUUUGGUUAUAUUUUAUGAAAUAAUGUACCUGCUAGUUAGGAUUAUUUGUUAUAUAAUAGAACAAUUGAGCUUUAUCUUCUAUAUCCAGAACCAAUCAUGAAUUUAAUAGAUCAAUUUGUUUUAUAAGGUAGAGCGGUCACAUGUUAGCAUUAUACCAGAUGUAACACCUGAGAGGCAAGCUCGUAUGGAUGACUUUUUGUCACCAUAUUUCUGUAUUCUGCUUAAAGUGCAAUUCACUAUUAAAGCUAAGAUAUUGCGAUCAUGAACAAAAUUGUUACAAAGGUACAAGACAGUGAAUAUAAUUAUAGGAAUUUGUUUUCUCUCUGCCCAUUGUUAUAUUUCCCCAGGCUCAUUUCAAAUUACAAUAAAUAUUGUAUAUGAAUGAAACUUGAAAGUUAGAUAGGGUUUAUUCAAGUUAAGGUUUGGGACAAUAGCUGUAGGAAUGAAGAGCAAAAUGUGUUCAUUCGUCAGAGUAUUCAAAGUUGAAUCUUACAUUGAGUUCAAAUCUGUAUUUUGUACAAAUACAGUACCGACAUGCACCAAAAAAAGAUUUAGAAAGAGCUAUUUAUUUUUGCACAAACAUUACAUAUUGUAUUGAUAGUUUUUUUCUUCUUCAUGUUGAUAAUAUUUAAUUGAGAGUGUAGGUAUUUAGCAUUUUGUUACUUGUCUUCUAUACUUGCUGGUAAGUAUUUGUAGUGCUAUUGAAAAUGGAUAUCUUAUCAAACGUAACAUUCUAUCUUGCACACUGUCUGAUUUUAAAACUUGUUAUAUAUAUUGUUUAACUUGAACUUGAUGAUGAAGAUAUUGUGAAGGUUCUGUGGUGUCUUAAUUCAUGUGUAUAAAUUUGCUUCUUUUUGUCUGAUAUCCAUUAUAGGUUAUUAUUUAAAAGUAGCACUCUAUAAAAGUCUUUAAUUUCAAAUUUCUGCUAUUUAAAGGCAGAGUAUUUUACUGACACUACUUCAUAUUUACAUCUACUGCCAUCUGCUGCUCAUAAUGUCCUAAUGUGUUGACAGCCAUGUCCCACAAUUCAUCACCAACUGCACGACGACGUGUGCAAGAUUAUGCUUGGGUAAAGGAACCACAAAUCCUUCUAUGUACGUCUUCAUCAAUAGAUGGCGCAAUUACAAAUUUAUUACAGCAGGGGUAUAGCGAUGUUGAUAAAAUACCCUGCCUCAAAGGGUUCUGUGUAUUAUCAUUUGAUUAAAAAGGUGGUAACCAUGAUCAUGUUCCAGUUUAGGCAGGAUAUAAAGUAGAUAUCAAAAAUUGUCUAAAAUUUAAUUUCAUAUUCUAGAGCUGGGAACCAAACUGCUGGUUCAGUUUGCUUAGAAUUAUUUAAAUUAAUUGGAAUACAGAGUUAUGUAGUGGUAUGUUACCAAGGUGAGCAAAGAAGGAUAAAUAGACAAUCUCAUUACAACAUCCUUAUCUUCAUUAAUCUCUUAUUUAAGUAUUUUAUAAGAUUUGAGAGAAGAAAAAAAACUAUAGUGCUGGAGACAAAAUGAAUGAAAGUGUGCAGUAUUCAUUGCAAAGGCAUAAAAUUGAUUAAUAAAAUCUAUAUUAAUAAGGAAAAUAUACACUGUGCAAGAAAACAGUUAAGUGUAAGUAAAAAAGUUUUAAAUGUUUGACAUCGGAACACUUAAUAUUGUGAAAUGAAUUUUUUUAUUAUUUGAUGAAAUCAAAAUCAAAAUCAAAAUAUUGGGUCUAUAAGACCUAUAGUAAAGCUUAUUUGGGUUUAUAUCCUGGAUUAUUUUCUGAAACAAAGUUUAUAUCUACUUGUACCUUGCCAUAUUCCCUCAUCCAUUAUACUCGGGCAUCAGGCAAACUCAAUGAAGGAUACAAAUGUUUAAUGAUCAUGUUAUUAUGUAACCCAGUAAUGCUUAUUAUCUUCAAUAUUCAAUCUCUUAACCUUUAAGUGACGUGUGUAAUGGCAGUGACAAGUCACCCAAUUGCAAGAAAAAAAUGUUUCCAUAGCAACAUUAGCGCCUGUUGAGUUCCAGCAUACCUAAUUCAUGUUUCAUGGUUUCUCAAGCAUAUAAUGAUGUUUCGUCAUGGUAAUUUUUGUAUUGAAAAAAAUAGUAUGUUGUCAACUGUUCAUAGUGUGAUAGCAAAGACAGAGAUGGAUAGAUGUGAGAGCAGUAGACUUUAUGCAGGAAUUCCAAUCAUGUACGUCAUCAAUAGACCGGUUUAUUAACAUAUUCAAAUUGUAUGAAUACUUUUUGAGCAAAGGUUGUUUUUUGAAGACCUGAAAAUUGCCCGACAUAGCAACAUGUACUAUAUGCAGACUGGAUUUCAAGUAUUUUAGUUCAUUCAUUAGUAACAAGUUAAUUGAAUAACUCGUCACUAGGUCCCCUGAAAAGAAACAUCCAUAAAUUUGAAUAUUGUAGUAAACCGAUCUAUUUGGUAGUGUUUGUUUCAUCUUACAAGACCUUGAUACGGCAGUAACGUAAUCAUCUUCCAGUAACAUACAUUCCAUGAGAGGAAACAAGUUCUUGGGCACACAUCCAUUUUUAAUGUUGUGCAUUUAUACCAACAAUAAUUUACCGUCACUUUAGGAGAGGAAUAGUUACAUGUAGCUUGCAUCAAUUAUUGUUAUGAAAAGCAUCUUUGAUCGACUGCUAAAAUAUCCCUUUGUUUUAUGAUAUAGCUGGACCAAAGUGUCAAAAGUUGUGUAUUCAUGUUGAUCAGUUGAUGUGAUCUCUUUUAAAGAAAGGACAUUCUAUAGUGAGAGCCAUUAGGCCAUAAAGUCAUAAGUUUUAUGAAGUGGUACCGUAAUGCCCUUUUGCCACUGAACAGAUAAUCUUCUGUGUAGAUCAUUGUGAAUUGCAUUAAUCAUCUUGUUUGACAUAUUGACUUUAUUUCUUGAGACUGUAAUGUGACAAUGAUUGUUAUGUUGUGUUCAUCGAUAAUGCAGUAUGGUUUAUGAAUCCUACAACUGUGUAGGAUUAAAGAUGGUAAUAUGAAAAAUGUACUAGGGGGUCCCAUCUAUUCAAUACCUUACCAAACUUAGCUUUCUAUAUAUCCAGAUAUUAUCUGAAAUAUAAAACUCACAACUCUUACUUGUCCUAUAUGAGAAUAUAUAAUCAAAUAUGGUAUCCUUACAAAAGAAAAAUGAAAAAUCACUAUUACUGAGUUUAUGAAGAUCAAUUACUACCUCCAGUAAUUAGUUAUCUCAUUAUUUAUUUCUAGUUUGUCAACAAUUUUAUUCAUUCUGAAAUACGCUCGAAAUAGCUUUGCCAGGCUUCUUUGUAUACUAUAAUUAACAAAUUAUAUUGGAAUAGAAUAGAAUAAAAUUCUUAUUUGUUUUAAUAUCUAGAAGGAAUGCUCUGUUUUGGAUACUGAAACGAUUGGUUCUUUGGGCUUAUUAUAAUGUUCAAUACCCUUGGAGCUUUUGAAGUAGUUAUAAUAAAUCAAGUAUCGUGGUAAAAUUAAAUAUCUUGCAUCAAAGGGAAAGAAAUGUAUUUCUUGAAACACAGAAAUAGGUAGGCUGAGUUGCAGUCUAUUUUCUACUUCCUUUUAUCAUUAUCAUCACUCUUAUUUUCAAAUUCAAAUUAAAUUUGAUUUAUUUAUAUUUGCCAGCUCUUCUUUCAUAACUGCAUAUCAUUUAUAUGAUUCACGUCUUAUCUAAAUGUAUACACAAUACAUUGUUUACACAAUACAUUGUUUAUCACUUGAAAUGUAUAAUGUGUUGCCUUUGAGUAUAUCUGUCAGCUGAGAGCCAGAAAGAUGUUAAAUAGAAGGAUAUGAGUUAACACCCUUCUGGCUCUCAGCACAUGGUGUUUUAGUGUAUAAUGUACAUAUUUAAUUUUGUGUGGAAACUAGAAUUCCAGGUUGUUAGGUUGUUGAUAGCUCAUUGAUGAAAUUCAUAUCCAGAAAUUGUAUGAAAGUAUUUUUAUGUUUAUAGGAAGACAAAAUUGAACAUUGAAGUGAAAGAAUGUAUAUACCAGUGUUAAAGAUACAGAUCAAAGGUAAUAUUAGAUCUAUUCAUCACUAAUCAUGAUCUUGAAUACAGCUAUACUAGAAAUUCCAAAAGAUAAUCAUCGGUAUGAAAUCAUAUAGUAAUUUAAGCUUUUGAAUAGGAGGAUAGGAGAUUUUUUCCCUUUUUUCCCCCAAUUUUUAUUUUGACCAAACCUUCGUAAUUCUGGUUUAAUCUCUUUGAGUCUGCCAUAUCUUUUUUUGAAAAAAUUAUAUUCUCCAUUGCAUCAUAAAAAGUCAUGAGAAGGUAUAACAUGGCUUUUAAAAGUAUAUAGUUGCACUAUUGGUAUUUAUUUCAACUUCAAGUUAUAUUUCAUAUUCAUAUUUAUAACCCAGACCAAAAAGUCAUAUCUUAUAUGUAAUAAGAUAAAGCAAUCUAUAUUUAUUUAAAAUUAAAAGUAUAUUUCAUAUUCAUAUUUAUAACCCAGACCAAAAAGUCAUAAUAUUUUAUUUGUAAUAAGAUACAGCAAACUAUAUUUAUUUCAAAUUAAAGUUAUAUUUCAUAUUCAUAACCCUGACCAAAACUUUGUGAUAGCUGACAGGUAACAAGAUAAAGCAAACUACGUUUAUUUCAACUUGUUUCAACAACUUAUAUUGCAUACCUAUUCAUAACCCUGACCAAAAACCAUGUUUAAUAAUGACCAUGGAAAAUCCCGAAGUAGGAAUAAGCAGCAUGAGAAUUAAUAUGAUUUACUAGUUUUUUGAAAAUAUACAUCUCUGUAUGCUUAUCUGUAUGAUAUUUAAGUGGACGCAAGUCGUUGCUUGAGCUAGAGGAUCGUUAACGGAGAUAUAUCAAUACCAGGUUAAUGCCCUUUGAGGAUUCUGAAGCACAUUUCUAUCUCUCUUCUUAUCACAACUCAUCACAUAUACAUGUACAAGUAUUUAUUAUUCAUCAAGUGACUUGCUACAGAAAGUGUAAUGCUGCUGCUGUAAAUACUUUAUUGUUUUCAGGUUAAAAAACAACAUCAAGCAAGACUUUCAGCUCCAUUAUCCUCACGUUGUUCUCAAUCUGUCGUCGGUAAAACGGUUUUAUGACUUUGUUUUUAUUGUGGUGGUAACAAUGCCGCGGAUGUUUAUGCAAAUUGUGUAAAGAGACAAUUAAAAACCAUUGCCAGAUGUGUAUUUCAA